AUGGAUGAUCUGACAAAGAAAAAGCGAGUUAGAGGAGGCCACAGAGCAUCUGCAAGUAAGCUUGUGGCAAAGAUAAUGGAAGCGAUACCGAAAGCAAGCCCAGAGAGCCCAGAGAAGGACUUAGUAUGGCUGAGACAAAGCCAGAUCACAUUACGAGACAAAAUCAAUAUGUUGAAAGAGCUUGAUGAACAAGUCAUUGAUAUACUCAGCGCAUCGAAAGACGAAGACGUCGACGAACAACUUGGCAAAGAGAUCGAGGAUUCAGACGAAGCGAUCGCAGAAUUGGAAAGAACGUUGCUUCAACUCAAUGACGCGCUAGGAAAACUCGGAGGACAAAGCCUCAUGCCAAUGUUGACGCAAACGAAUCUCACAUCAGCCGAAGGAAACCUUGAUCAAAGUCAUGUUUCAAUAUCAAGUGCGGGUAAAAUCAUAAGAGCGAAGCUUCCGAAACUUAGACUACGGAAUUUCGGAGGAAAGAUUUGUGAAUGGCCAGAGUUUUGGCAUGGAUUUUCCAGCUCGAUGGACAACAAUGACCAAUUGUCGGAUGUUGACAAGUUCGCCUAUCUGCACGGAUAUUUGGAAGGGCCAGCAAAGUCUACCAUCGCUGGUCUCUCGUUGACGGGAGCGAAUUACAAGUGUGCGGUGGAAUUGUUAAAGAAACGGUUCGAAAAGAAAAACGCAGUACAACGGGCGCACGUAAAUGAACUGAAACAGUUGCCGGCGGUUUAUAAAGAAAGAGACACACAAAGAUUACGGAAGUUGUAUGACAGCUGCGAAGCGAACAACCGCACAUUGAAAGCCCUGGGAGUGAACGAAGACUCGUAUUCAGCCAUUGUUGUUCCGACAAUCAUGGAAAAGUUGCCAGAACAGUUUCGUUUGACCAUCACGUGA